GCUCUGUCACUGCCGCCUUGUCGGUGCUGACGGCGGCGGCCCGAGCGGGAGCGGCGGCCCGAGCGGCGGCGGCGUCAGUGGCGGCCUCGGUUGCAGCGGCGGCUCCUGCCCGUUCUCCGCCGCACCAUGCCUUCCGUGGAGGAACUCUACCGCAACUACGGCAUCCUGGCGGACGCCACCGAGACGGCGGGGCAGCAUAAGGAUGCGUACCAGGCAAUCUUGGAUGGUGUCAAGGGAGGUGCUAAGGAGAAGAGACUUGCAGCCCAGUUUAUUCCCAAGUUCUUCAAGCAUUUUCCUGAGCUAGCAGACUCUGCUAUCAAUGCCCAGUUGGACCUCUGUGAGGAUGAAGAUGUUUCUAUCCGGCGUCAGGCAAUCAAGGAGUUGCCUCAGUUUGCUACUGGAGACAAUCUUCCUCGGGUAGCAGACAUACUGACCCAGCUUCUGCAGUCAGAUGAUUCUGCAGAAUUCAAUUUGGUGAACAAUGCUUUGCUCAGUAUAUUUAAGAUGGAUGCUAAAGGGACUUUGGGAGGCUUGUUCAGCCAAAUUCUUCAGGGAGAGGAUAUUGUAAGAGAGAGAGCCAUCAAAUUCCUCUCUACAAAACUGAAAACUCUGCCUGAGGAGGUGAUGACAAAGGAGGUAGAAGAGUUCAUACUGACUGAAUCAAAGAAGGUGCUGGAAGAUGUGACGGGCGAGGAGUUUGUUUUGUUCAUGAAGAUACUGUCUGGAUUAAAAAGCUUACAGACAGUAAGUGGAAGGCAACAACUAGUGGAGCUGGUAGCUGAACAAGCUGACCUGGAACAAACCUUCAAUCCAUCUGAUCCAGAUUGUGUGGACAGACUGCUGCAGUGUACUCGGCAAGCAGUGCCACUCUUCUCGAAAAAUGUUCAUUCAACAAAAUUUGUUACUUACUUCUGUGAGCACGUUCUGCCAAACCUCAGUUCUUUGACUACUCCAGUGGAGGGUCUUGAUAUCCAGUUAGAGGUUUUGAAGCUUCUUGCUGAAAUGAGUUCGUUUUGUGGGGAUAUGGAAAAGCUUGAAUCAAAUUUGAAGAAGCUGUUUGAUAAGUUAUUGGAGUAUAUGCCUCUCCCUCCAGAGGAAGCAGAGAAUGGGGAGAAUGCCGGCAAUGAAGAGCCCAAGUUGCAGUUCAGUUAUGUGGAGUGUUUAUUGUAUAGCUUCCAUCAGCUGGGUCGGAAGCUUCCAGACUUCCUCACAGCCAAGCUCAAUGCAGAGAAACUGAAAGACUUCAAAAUCAGGCUACAGUAUUUUGCUCGAGGGCUGCAGGUGUAUAUUCGACAGCUUCGUCUGGCACUUCAGGGGAAAACAGGAGAAGCCUUGAAAACAGAAGAGAACAAGAUUAAAGUAGUCGCCUUGAAAAUAACCAAUAACAUUAAUGUUUUAAUCAAGGAUCUCUUCCACAUUCCUCCUUCUUACAAAAGUACAGUGACACUGUCCUGGAAACCAGUACAGAAGGCAGACGCAAGUCAAAAAAGAGCAAGUGAAGAUACAACCUCAAGUUCACCCCCAAAGAAAGCUUCGGCGGGACCAAAAAGGGAUGCCAGGCAAAUCUAUAAUCCUCCCAGCGGAAAAUACAGCAGUAACCUGGGUAGUUUUUCUUACGAGCAAAGAGGUGGUUUCCGGGGUGGCCGAGGAAGAGGCUGGGGAGGACGUGGCAAUCGUAGCCGAGGAAGAAUCUACUGAGUAGGCCACUGAAUCUUCUGUGGCCCUGCAGGGCUCAAGUGAAAGUGCUACUCAGCAAGUUGGCUUGGAAUAUCAUUUCCUUCAAGGACUGCCUUCCACUAAGACUGACUUAAAUGUUCUUUAUACCUUUGUAUGUAUGAUCUACUUUUCUAACGGACUACAACUUGUCCAUAGUGAAACUACAGCUGUAUUUUUGGAUGCUUACAGUCGGCAGUUUUGGGUUCUUCUUUUGGAAGUGUCUUCAGGAUGUAUUCAAAAUUGGAAAAGAACAUAGAUGUUUUCUCAAAAGCUGCAUCUUGACAGUUUGUAUAUUAACCUAAAAAUCAACUACUGCAGGAUUGAAACUAUAUCUCUGAGUUGAUGUAUGAAAUUGAUGGACAGGAGAGGCAUGACAGCAGAGAUACAUGCCAGAUAAGCUUAGCAGCUGAGGCGAUCCUUUCCUCCCCUGUAACCAUAUUUUGCCAGAUGUGGAGAAGAGCACCAUUGUGAGAUUUGCUUUGAUUUCCUUUUCUUGUUUUUUUCAAAUGGAAUGGAAUGAGAUACAUGCCUGAUGUUUUAACAUUUGCAACGUGGAUGGAAAUUCAUUUUGCUUGCAGCAUGAAGCAGUACUUUUUACUUAGAGAUUGUGGAGAAAGCGGUGGGGCCUUUUUUGGUUUGCACACCUUUCCUCUUCUCCCCGCAGUGUAAUGCAAAAGUGAUGUUUUGCAAACGAAUUUUUAAUGUUUGAUUUGAAUAUGUGCAUAUAGUUACGCUGUGAAAUUUCAGUAAUGAACAGGAAAAAACAAACCCAAAACAGGAAGUGACUAGAAUUAUUACAGGAAUGGGUAAAGACUGAUGCAGGAAUUAAACUUCAUAGACUGGAGCUGGACCAUAGCUGGACCUGGCUCUUUUCUGUGUUUGGCAGAUUUCUGGAUUAGUUGGCACUUGAGGGGUUUUUUUUGUUUGUUUUAUGACAUUUUUUGUGUGUGUGUGCUUUGAGGUUUUUUUUUUUACCAACACAGGUGCAUUUUAAAAUAUAUAAAUAAAAUUGUAUUUUGGGUAACGUUAAAAAAUUCCAGCUACAUAAUUCAGGUCUGAAAGUUAACAAUUCCAUGCUGGGUUGGUUUGGGUUUUUUUUCAUAGCAACUUGGCAUUCUUAUUUACUGGUGUGCACCCAGAAAAUACAAUGUAAGAGCACAGUGCUGCUUUUUUUGUUGUUGUUUUUUCUUAAUUCUCACCACUCAAACUUUUUACUUCUCAGGUCAUUCAACAUUGUAAAGGAAUUAGCAGGUAGUAAAAAGAAAUUCAGGCAGAUGGGAAGAAUUUUAAUGAGUGUUCCAGGAAGUGUAUGUAAAAUAGGUUAGGCUUUAGAAGAAUUAGGACUAUUUCUUAACCUCCUUUUUCUCUCAGGCCAUUUGAUAUUCACAGACUCAGACAAAUGCCUGAAAGUGAUGUUUCCCUAGUUCCAUUUGUAUUUGCUUGUGAAUCUCUCAGGUGUCUUCAUUAACACUCUUUAAUAUUUAUCGCUAGAAUCAGAAGGGCAAAAUAAUGAAACUCAAAGUUACAAGACCUCGUUGAUGCUAAACUAGAAGUCUUAUUUAUGCAUCAUUGUGGAGCAAUAAGCAGCAAACUUUGGACAUUCCAGGACCUGUGAGCUGACUUUGUAUUUCUGAUUCCAUGCGAGCUCUGCUACACUCAAAAUGUGUCACUAAAGCCAACAAACUUCACAGAAUCUUCACAGAACCUUAAGGGUUAGAAGGGACCUUGAAAGAUAUCUAGUCCAACUCCCCCCCCCAGGACAAAUUUGUGAGAACAAACUGCCAGUCUGAAAGGUGCUAGAUGGGUCAUAAGCUUUCAUUUGGGGAAAAAAAAUUGUACAUUUUGCACUUGUGGCUAUAGUUUGAGUUCUUUGAGAUUUGAAAAUGUCAUCCGGAAGCCUGAACAUGGCUUGUGUUUAGACUAAUAACUAGGUACUAGCAGCUGAUCUUCUCACUGCGUUUUCAGUGAGUUUCCUUCACGGGAGUCCCUUUUUUUUCCAGAGAUGAUGUGCAAAGUUCUGGUGGCCUCAGAAAUAGUUACUAUUUUUCCCCAGUUUCAUAUUUACUUACAUUGCAGCGAGUUCUUGUGGAGACACCUGUUUACCAUCUUGUUGAACUGUAAAUGUUCCCUCAACGCUUUUGGAAUAAAUUCAUUUUGUAAUUUU